AAGGAUAGCAUAGCCAUGCUGCGGAAGCGGUAUUACACGUUCAAAGCAGUCAUCCGCCUCCGAGGUGCAUACUGGAACCCCGAAACAAAAGCGGUAGUGGCACCCCAAGAGUCAUGGGAUAAUAUUUUGAAGAUGAACUCAUUUGCGGGUUCCUAUUUCUAUCAGGAAGAACCCAUAUGGGCACGCCUCGCAUGUGUUUUUGGGUUCGACGAUGUAAAGGUGGAGGGAGAAAAGGAUGUGGUGAUUAUCUCCGACAACACCGUCGAGCUACACGAAGACGAAAUCGUUGUCAACGCUUUCGUCGGUGGAGAAGAAGAGGUUAACUCUCCAGCCGUGUUCCCGGGUCCAAAGGUCCGCCGGAAGUUGUUCGAGGCUGAUACAGUGGCCAAGGAUCGCGAGUCCAGUACCGACCCCGGGGUAUUCUUCAUCGACUUAACAUCAGGCGGGAUGAUGUGAACUCGGGAAGAGAAGGGGCGGAUUCUGUAUCAACCUCCUUCAAACGCGAAGUCCCCUCGCGCAAGUUCGUGUGGCUCUAACUCCCCGAGGAACUUGUGUCCCCAUAUAUAGACUUAACCUGCCCUGACCUCUAACAAGCUAAUGUUUGGGUGAAGUCAUACCAUGAUCGGCUUCAAAGCAGGGGGCAUACUUUGUGAUUACGUUCUAGUAUUUUGGAUUGUCUAACAUAUAUGGAAAUUUUGUAUUUUGUAAUAUGUCA